GCCGAACCUUGGCACGGACGUUGGGCGGUGGGAGUAUUUUGAUGGUGGAAUGUGCUAAAGUUGUCCUGGGAAGCAACCACUUGAAGACUUGACGACUUGACCUCGUAGCUCAAGCUCGGCCUUUGUCACCCUCUCUGGGCCGAACUCCGCUCCCUACGACGACGCCUCUUUCUUGAGGCUUCCACAUCAGUCUUCAGUCUCCAGCCGUGAGCAGCAUCAUGGUCAUCUUUACCCUGAUCGCCCUGACCGUGGCUGCAGCAGCAGAUGUCACAUGCGAGGACAAGUCUUGCAAGGAGGUGGAGUUGCUGCAAGACCAGGCUGUGAACUUGCUGCAAGUCAUGCCAGGCGGGCUGAACAUGCACACCACCCUGUCAGUACGUGAUGUGGCACGUGCGAAGCAGCUGGUGCCGGGCCCGGCGUUUCUUGCGGCGCACGGGGAGUCCAAUGGUCUGUUGAACAAGCAUCUUCUGCGCAUCACGAAGGGCCAUGCAAAGCCUUGCGAGCACUUCAGCUUGGAGGACCUGGAUCAAGUCCUGGCGGCCAUUGAUCUGAAGAGCCAUCCGCAUCUGCAGGAGAUUUAUGAGAGCAAUCGCCACCCAAGCAAUGAGCACUGGAAGGAUAGCCGCGGCAGUGAGGCAGCCACGCUGAAUGAGGACAAGCUCUCCGAGCACCCAGAGCUUCAUGCGAUGGUAAAGGCCGAGAAGAAAUGCUAUGAUGCCGCAAUGCGCUUUACCCACAGCAUCAGUGACGCAGACAAGAAGGAGCUCCUUGCCAGCCACAAGAUCCCAUUGCUUCCAGAGCGAGGUGCUCAUGAAACCGAGGCACUGUUGAAGACAACUCUGGGAGACGCGGAGGCCGGAAUGUUAGUCUUCUAUGCCAAUUGCGCCGCUUGCCAUGCUGGUGGUUGGAAUGUCAUCGCUCCGGAUAAGACCCUGGACAAACAGGCCCUGUCGGACAACCUCAUGUUGAGCACACCGGCCAUCGAGAGGCAGGUCACGAACGGCAAGAAUGCCAUGCCGGCAUUUGGAGGUCGCCUCUCUGACGACGACAUUAAGAAUGUUGCAGACUAUGUCUUGCAGCAGGCCGAAUCUAGGAGCUGGUAGGCGCAAAGCACUACUUUCCCUCAUGCCUGUCGUAGCUGGCACGGCUGAUUGCACGGUGAAAUCCCAGCUCAAGCAUUUGUUUUCUUUGAGCUGGCUCGCGCCCCGCGCGCCGGAUGCCAGAGGCUUGGACCAAAGCGUGAAAUCUGACUCCUGAAUAUGAGGGU